CCGGGCGCUUAGCCGCGAGAGUUCUCUCUCGAUCGAGCGAUUUCCAAGCCAACGCCGCCGCGGAUGGAGCUUGCGCUCGGAUUUCUGCCGCACCAGUGGCUGGAUUUCGAUUCUGGGAGGGAAGAAUGUAGCAUCGACAGAAAUUUUUAAAAAUAUUUAGGGUACAAUUGUCCAUGGCGGCCGCGUCUUGGAUCGCACAGCGCGCUCCCGCUCGGAAUGGCGCCAGGGCGAGCUUGGAAUCCCCAGUUCUUGGUGGCGCCACGGCGAGCUCCAUCGGAUGGCCGCUUUGCUACUGCGGGAGCAAGUCGGAUGGCAUCUCGUUUUCACUCUCUGAAACUUAUGAGGAAGCACGGCUCGCUAGAAAAUCUAGUAAGUGCAGCGGCAAUUCGGACGGUUGUGAAGCCAUACAUGCAAGAUGCUCUCAAGGAGCAUUCCGUGUUGCUUGAGAAAAACUUGGAAGUUUUGUCCUUACGCAGAGAUAUUGACGUAGAGCUGGUGCUUGUCGAGGGAUAAGUCAAGCGAUCUUGCUGCAUUGAAGGAACUUGAAACGUUGCAGGUUGUUUAGCAGCGGUGAACUGAUCAGGCUCAAGAAUCCAUAGUCUGUCCUUGAUGGAAGCGAAGGUUGGUCCACUUCUGCAGAAACCUCAGGGUCUUUCAAAUGAAGUGUACAGACGAAUGCAACGUCAGGGAUUGAAACCAGCCAUUGGCAUUGUUGUUGGUGCUCUCAAGGUGACUUCUCAAACAUUAUCGUCGCCAACAUCCUGCUUGAUCUGUACGCGAAAUGCGGAAGCAUGAUAGAUGCUCGUGGAACAUUUGACAGCAUGCCGCAUCGCGAUGUUGUCUCCUGGAAUUCGAUCGUACAGGGAUAUGAUAUGCACAGAGUGGAAAUGGUGAAAUGGCUCUACAGUUGUUUGCUCCUCUGGGAGACGAAGGGUACAAACCGGAUCGAGUAUCAGUUCCUGGUGCUCUCAAGGCUUGUUCCAGCUUGAUAGAGAAGGAUUCCGGGCAGGCUUUGGAUGGUCAACGGGUGGUAUUCUUAGAGAGGAGCAGGGAGAUUCACAGGAAAGCAGUAAAACUUGGCUUAGACUCGGAUCUCUUCGUCGCGAGCACCUUGAUUGAUCUUUACGCAAAAUGUGGGAGCUUGACAGAGGCUCGUCGAGUUUUCGAAGGAAUGAGCCAUCGUAGUGUGGUGACAUGGAACUGCAUGAUUCUCGGGUAUGCCAGCAGCGGCGAGGGUGGUGAAGCUCUCGAUAUCUAUGCUCGAAUGCGUCGUGGAGACACUCCACCGGAUGCUUUAACUUUCAUCGCAGCGCUGAAAGCUUGUUGCCGUCUUGCGGACGAGGAACUUGCCCAUGCCCCGGCACGCAUUCGUGGCAUGUUUGUUCCCCCAUCGAUGGAUCGAUCAGUUGUUCAUGGUGAAGAAGAAACGGAAGUCUUGAAGAUUCAGAGCUUCGAAAAAGGAAGGGCCGUUCGCUUGGAAGCUGGUAAGCACUAUUCAAACAUCUUAGUGACCAACACACUUGUGGAGUUCUAUGCCAACUGUGGGAGCAUGGUGGAGUCUCGCAGUUUCUUUGACAGUAUUGAACGUCCAGACGUGGUUUCUUGGAACUGCCUCACUCUUGGUUAUGCUCAGAACAGCAAAGGCGAGCAAGCUCUUGAGAUAUUCUUUAGCAUGGACGAGAAUGGUUGCGCUCCAGAUCGUGUCACAGUUCUUGCUGCACUAAAGGCCUGUGUCACCUUGGCUGAGAAGGAACAGGGCCAGAUUGUCGACGGAGGCGUCGUUAAGCUUCGGGCUUUGCAGAGAGGCAAGGCCGUGCAUGCUCGAGCUCUCGCUUUUGUGGACGGAGAAGACCUCUCGGUUCAUAAUGCUCUCGUUGACAUGUACGCCAAGUGUGGAGGCAUGGUGGAUGCUUGGCUGGUUUUCCAAGAUAUGGUGGUGCGACUUGGACGGGGAUAAUCCUGGGGUAUGCUUGCGGCGGCCAGCACAAGCUCGUCUUACAAUCGUUCGAAAGCAUGCAAGAGGAAGGUGUUAAGGCAGAUCAUGUCACUGCUACUGCUGCAUUUAAGGCUGUUGCGACUCUAGCAGAGAAUGGAGACCGCAAGCUUGUGAAGAAAUAGCUGGAGAAAGGCAGAGCUCUCCACUUGCAAGCCGCAAGGAUUUGCGAACUGGAUGACUACUUUUCGGUGGAUAUGUAUACCAAGUGUCAAAGCACGGCGGAAGUCUUCACAGCAUCAAAGGCCCCUUGAUCUUGGGAUAUAGUCGGUUUGGAGAACCCGAGCGAGCUCUGGAGUUCUACACUCGGUUGCUGCACGAGAAAAGCUUGUAACCGGACGUACGUUGCUGCUCUCAAAGCCUGCGCUGAGCCUUGCAGCACUGGACUUCGGGCAGCAGAUUCACGUACAAGCUUGCAGUGCUGGAUUGGAUACAGAGGCAUCGGUGGGAAGUUCUUUCUCUCAAAACGAGGCGCUCAAAGAGCGUGGCCUUGCAAGGUGGACGCGGUGGUGUGGAUGGCAUUCUUAAGUUCGUGCCUCAAGUGGAGAAAUGUGGAGCUUGGCAGGAUGGCCUUCAAGUCGGUUCUCAAGCUCGACGAUGGAACAGGCUCUGCGUACUCUCUCACGUCCAACAUCUAUGCCCGAGGUCAGUCGGAUUUACAACUCCAACAUCAUAGGAAACAGUUGUUGGAACGAUUUAAUGCUUCUUUUAACAGGAAGGCAUGAAGAGAAAGGAACAGAACACAAGCGA